AUGCCGAUUCGGUUUUACCGCGCAGCGUGUGCAACGCCGCUGCGCAGCUCUGCCGCCGUGUUGCAAUUCAUCCACCGGCAGACGUCGUCAUCGUCACCGUCUUCGCUGGGGGGUCGCUACCCGCUUGAAGGGGCGAUGCAUCAGCCCGGCGAGUCGGGUCAACAGGCGGGGUCGAGCAACACCAUCGCUGGAAAGGAGACGUGGUCGCAGUUCAGUGCCAAGAUGCGGUACGGGCGCCGCCGCAUUCGUGUCAUUGAUGUGGCGUCGAAAAUGUCGUACGAGUACCAGAUGCUGCGCAAGAUGUGCAAGCGCCGGCCGUCAAUGCGGCAGUGGGAUGUGCGUGACGACUUCUGCAACAUGCAGCCGGGUGUGGUUGUCAUGUCGCCGUCGAUGCAGGCGGCCUUCAUGAAGGUGUUCCGGCUGAAGGACAAGGGACUUAUCCGUCAAUGCCUGCGGGACAUUAUCCCCAUCAUCGACUACCGCAACCGCGAGGAGCCGGUGCGGUUGCAAACAAACCCGGCAGACAUGAUUCCUGAGGGUGAGCCCGACACACUAAACCAAAAGAAACGGGAGUUAUUUGAGCGCCGCGAGAAGGGAGAAAAUUUUGCCGAACUUCGGCUGCAUGACAAGCGCUCACAGGCGAAACUCCGUUUCAAGAUACGCCAACGCCUUUUGAAGUUCCAGCGGCAGUUGGCUGUGGCGAACGCCGUUGCGAGUCGAUCUGUUCUGUACUCCACAAAUGACGCCAUUGGGUACUUUUUGUUUCGUGGCUCGGCGAUGUACGCCGGGAUGCACCGCGUAUUCUUUGAGCUCAGCAAACAGCUCCCGCACUUUGUGCCCAGGACGAUGCUGGAUUUCGGUGCCGGCACUGGCACCGCAACGCUGGUGGCGAAGGAGGUGUACGACCCCGGCGCGCUGGCGUAUCCGCUCUACCGCUCAUUGCGGCAGACAAUGCAGAACAACGAUGCGGCCCGCCGUCACCAGCUGGCAGAGUUGCGCUAUGACCUGCGGCGACUGCAGCGCAACAACGCGGAGAAGAAGAGGGUCCGCUUCAUGGCCGUCGCGUCGCUUCUGGAGCGGGGUGAGAUUGACCCCUCUGACAUCCCAGAAGACCUGCGACGUGAGAUUGCGGAGGUUGCAGCGGCAGCAGCGGUGGCUAAACGCGACCGUCUCGUGCGUGAGGCUCACGCGCGCCACCGCGACGUGGUGGACGGCACGGAGUGGGAGAGCGGCGACCCGCUCGGCGAGCGUCGCGCUAGCACGGAGGAUCCGCAGGACGUCAUGGACGGCGAGAUGGAGUCGGAAAACGCACAGGAGGACGGCGGCAAGCCGAAGGCAAAGACGUGGUGGGAACAGUUUGUGGAUCUAGAGAGUGAGACGACACAGCAGCGGGUGGCAAAGCGACUUCGACCGUUGCAGGAAGUUACCGCCAUUGAACCGAGCCCAGGCAUGAUGGAGAUUGGCACAAUGGUGCUGCACGACGAUGUACCGGACGUGACUUGGAAGCGCUACCUGCUUCCUGAGGACGAGGCGAUCCAGCACGAUUUGGUAGUGGCCGCGUACUCCCUCAGUGAGAUUGCUACCGCAGAGAACCGCCGCCGGGUGGUUCAGCAGCUGUGGAAGAUGACUCGGGGCGUGCUUGUGCUUGUCGAGUUCGCCAACCAAAACAACUUCAACCUCAUGAUGGAGGCCCGUGACACCAUUCUUGAGGAAAAAGGUGUCGGCAUGUGGGACUGGCAACCCACCAUCGUCGCACCGUGCCCGCACGAACAUCGCUGCCCCAUCCGUCACUGCAAGGCGGGGGUGAAGCGGAAACGCAUGCGUGUCUGCAGCACAGAGGCGCACUACCGCGCCACCUUUGUGGAGGUGUGGGCACGUCACAUGCCGCUCAAGGUUGGCGUUGAGCCGAUUAGCUACUUGAUCGUCGCGCGCAACGAACUAGUCCCCGAGCGUGCGGUGCGACGGCAGGAGGAACUCAAGAAAGCCGAGGUAGAUAAGCGGCGUGAGCGGGACACGAAACAACAAGAGUUGUACGAGGCAUCGCUUGCUGUCAAAGAUGUCGUCUUUGAACGCCUCAGUGAUGAGGCACUGCACCGCCCCGAGACAGGUGUGCCGAUGCCGCUGCAACACACGCCAACAGAUUCUACAGCGACCGCAGCAACUGACAGCACUGCCCCAUCAGCUGCCCUGCAGGAGGCGUUACGCGAAGGGGCAACAAGUACUGGGGAGAUUGGUCACAUGCCUACGGACGUGCCGCGGCUCGUGAAGACGGGCAAUGCACGCCACAAUCGCCUCAUUUUUCCAUUACAGCUUCCUCCCGCCACACACAAGUUCAACCGUGCCUUUGUUGACGCCGGGUACCAGCGGCAACGGGCCAUUACACCAGCGGAGAUGCUUGUCGUGCGGCAGGAGGUGGAUCAAAUGCGGCGGCGCGUGAUGCGGGUGGCGCCCAAGUACCAGCGUAUUGUGCGCGACCCGCGAUGCCACGGCAAAGUGCAAGCCGACUUCUGCACACCGGAGGGUGACCUCGUUACGGGACGCGUCUACCGGCGCUUCUAUGGUGACCGCAACCGCGUCAGCGCACAUAGCACGAUGCGUUGGCAGCACAUCGGCGGGUGGAAGCUGCUGAAACGGGUCAAACGCGGCUCGCUCUUUCCUCACGACGUUCCCCUCUAUGCGGUGACGAAGCACCCGCAGGUGGACUUCCCCAACACCCUGCUCGAUGUGCGCCACUCAACGGUCGAGCAGACGGCAAUGCAGCACAACGAUCCCAUGUCGGUGGCGGACACAACGCCAGACGAGCAGCUCAGCCGAGAAGAGCUUCAGCAGAAACGGUGGAUGCAGCGCAACAUGGAGCUGCAGCAGAAGGUGGAGACAAAACUGGAAGAACUAUUCGGCACUAAGAUUAAGCACGACAGUGAUUUGGGUGCGGGCCGAACGGACUCCCGCCGCGAAAUUACCGAACAAGAGUGGGCCGAUGCCGUGCGACGUGCCAAAAUCCGCACAGUGCAGCACACAAAGAAUGCCAUUCCCUUCGCAGCAAAGCGGCGGGCGUUGCAGCGUUCCAUGCAGGUGCGACGCCGAAACGUGAAGGAGGAGAUGGCGUCGAACAGGCGGCGGUAG